AUGGACAAAAGGAGGUCAGCGUUCGUGCAAUCGGUCACCGAUUCAUUCAAUUAUUACUUACAUUUCAGAAUCAAAGGCCACAAAACUGACCGCAAGUUUUCCACGUCUUACACAACAAUCGGUUACUUUCGGCAAAAGAAAGCCGUCUAUAAGUUCCUACAGUCGCCGACCGGACCACUCGGUCGCGCCUAUCAUAACGUUGUCAUCACUUUAAUAAUCGUAUGUCUGUUAAUGACAAUCAUUUCCACAUUCAAUGUUUUCAAAUUCAUUACCGAUGGCCUGGAGUUUGGGGUCGAUAUACUUGUAGUGUUUGUAUAUGUGAUAGAGUUUGGUCUAAGGCUAUGGUCGUCGACGUGUGUGUCUCGGUAUCGGCACUGGAGGGGACGGCUGGUGUUUAUCGCACACCCGUUCCGUGUGAUUGACAUCGUUGUGAUCGUCACCUCAAUCCUAAUGACCAUAUUUUAUAUUACAAACCAAUACUCAAACAAAUGGUUUAUUAAUAUUAGAUUCUUUCAUACAUUCAAAUUGGUUAGACUUCAGCACCGUUUCAAGCCGUGGGAUGUAUUGGCUUCAGUAUUGCGGACACAACGCACCCAACUGUACAUAACGUUAUACAUCUCAUUCCUGGCACUACUCUUCACAUCAUUUCUCAUAUAUUAUGUGGAAAGGGAUGCGAACCCUAUGUUUAACAAUAUGGGCCAAAGUCUGUGGUAUACUAUCAUCACAUUUUGCACAAUCGGUUAUGGCGAUAUCUAUCCGCAGACAACACUCGGUAAACUAUUGGCCAGUAUUUGCGCGGCUAUUGGCGUCUCAUUAUUUGCAUUACCCGCCGGUAUAUUAGGUGUUGGACUCGCCUUAAAGAUUGAAGAACAGCAACGGCUCCGACAGAUGGUUAAGCGUCGGAUACCGGCGGCAAAACUAAUACAAAGCAAAUGGAGAUAUCAUCGCUUCGACAGACACUUUACACUCAUGAGUGUUGGCGUCCGUAAAGCGGGCUUUCAAUGGCGGGCCGUAUCGGGCGAUCAGAGUCCACACCCGGGUCUCAACGAAGCCAUUUGGAUGCGAUUCGCGCUGAAGACCACACUAUUGGCCGCGCGAAGACGUUUCGGACAAUCAUUAAAGCCAUACGACGUGAAGGAUGUGUUGGAACAGUACUCUUCAGGUCAUACGGAAAUGUUGGCCAAAGUUAAGCAAAUCUAUAACAGAGUCACUGGUUUUGAAAGUAUGGCUGAGAAUGGCUUCAAAUGUCAACUCGAGUCCAAAAAUGUGUUAAUCUAUCGCUUGUCUAAAGUGGAGGACGGCUUACGAGACACUCAAAACAUAUUGAAUCAAAUUCUUAACAUUCAAACAGAAAAUAAGAAACCACACAAAGACUGGUUUCCGCAACACAAGUGUCGGCACAAGUGUGAAGAUAAUAAGGAAGCCAUGGAUCAGCUGACGAUCGUUCGCGAGUUCGCGUCGUUGGCGCCGGUGAUGGCGGACCGGGAGCUGUGCCGACGCGUGCGACUGUUGGCCGCCUUCGGGUUCAACGGCUCGGAAGUGCUGUUCGUGACGGCGGAGGACAACGCCUACUGUUUCGGCCCCAAUAGGUUCGGGUGUCUCGGACUGGGCAUCGAUGCCGACACACCGGUCGACGCGCCCCGACUUAACCGCCAUCUGUCGGGCGUUCAGUUGGCGAACCUCUACUACGGCUUCGGCCACUGUAUUGGACUGACAGCGUGUGGACAGCUGUACGCGUGGGGCGAGAAUACGUACGGCCAGUUGGGUAUCGGCUCUUUCGAGACCACACCGACGCCUGUAGUGAUCACCGCCUUCACGAAGAAGCGAGUGGUGGACAUCACGUGCGGUAAUAGGCAUACACUGGCGCUGACGAGCGAUGGUCUUGUGUACGGCUGGGGCCGCAACACGUUUGGCCAGAUCGGCGACGGCACGUGGUGUUGGCGCCAAUGGCCGACUCCCGUCUCUAUUGACGAGCCAAUCAGCGCCAUAUCGUGCGGUAAAUGCCAUUCACUCGCCCUCUCGACGGCCGGCCGGCUCUACGUGUGGGGUCUCAACGAUUUCGGCCAAUUGGGUCGACACAGAGAUAACGAUAUGAAACACUUCGCCGACGGACGCGUCAAAGAGCGGGCGUUCGGCGAGUGUCCGGAACCGGUGGACGGCUUUGAAGACACUGUCGUCCGAAAGGCGUGUUGCGGACCAAAUCACACGCUUAUGCUCACCGCUGAGGGAGAUAUCUAUGCGUUCGGUUUCAACGAUUUCGGUCAGAUUGGGAACGGCUGUCACGACAACCAAUACACGCCACUGAAGGUCGACGCGGAGACCAAAUUCAAAGACAUUGUCGCGCAUUACGACAAUAACCUGUCGAUCGGUGUCUCAGUGGACGACAAGUACUGGGUUUGGGGUUUCAAUUACAAGAAGAAAAAGAUCUCAAAGCCUUACAAUGUGAGCAAAUGGACGGCCAGUUAUACUCUGGUCGACGUUUUCGCCCGGUAUUCAGGAAUCAGCAAAACU